GCGCCUGUGUAUGUGUGUAUGUGUAUGUGUGGGUGUGUGUGUGUGUGUGUGUGGUGUGUGUGAGGAUAAAUUAUCUCUCCACUUUAUCAUCCUAUAAUGAUGUUGCCUCGUAUCUGUCACAGAUAUUACCAAAUUAUUUUAGGAUUAUUGAGAAAAGAGCUUGUAUUGUCAAAUGUAAAAGCCUAUUGUCUACCGAGCUGCAGUGCAUUAUUCGCGUCCAUUUAAAAACCUAUUCAUUUUCUCAAAUUGUCUCAAAAUGUUUUGACCGGUUGCGCUCGGUUUCCUAACAAAAGCAAGAAAGACCAAUCAGCUUUCACCUUGUGCAAUACUUUUUUAUAUAUAUAUAUUAUUCGCUGUUGUCCAAUGGAAACCCUAGUGGGCGUGAAGGAUUCGUCCUGGCGCGGUGGAACGUCCUGACAGUUGACUUCUACCGGAGAAUGGCGGCUACCGCCUGCACUACGUUCACUAACACUACCAACCCGCAUAAACAACACCGUAGGAAAAGUAGAGAUUCUCGGAGGAGACAAGCAGCUCUUUUAUUCCUUAGUAACAUUUCUCUAGACGGACAGCCGGUUCAACCGUUAGACCAUGGAAACCGAGACCCCCAUAAUCGACACGGCGAGUUCCCGGUAGAUGAUAUCGGAACGACAGUGGCCGGGAUGUCAACGGCAUCUAGUAGUAGCUAUGGGAACUUCGGUAACCUACCGACGUCUGUGAGCUGUGGGGCAGUUGGGAACGUUAGCCCCGUACCGAGACUCGGGGUGAUCACUGUCCCGCCCAUCCUCGUUCUGCCUUCGGACUCGUUCAAUGAUGGGACCACGGAGUUAUUUCUGGAGAGGCGAGGAGGGUCGUUUUCAUCGCAGGGAAACCUCCUCUCUCCGUCGGGUCUCCAUCCUACUCCCCUCCGACCGCGGAAGUCGUCCACAGUGCUGUCGGUCCAGAGUUCUAGUUCGGCGAUUUCUGAAUCUGGACGGUGUCGGACUCGUAACCUGUCGGGCUCUCCCAGACCUCACCCUGUGAAGAAGGUCCACUUCAUCAAGAACAUGAGACAGUACGACACGCGGGGCAGCAGGAUCGUGUUGAUCUGUGCCAAGCGUUCUCUGUUUGCGGUGUUCUCAGUGUUGCCCUAUGGAGAGAGCGUUCACAUCAGUGACCCCAAAUUGGACAGACGUAGACAUUCAUCCGGGAACAUCUCUACCACUCUGGAGAUGCUGCCAGGUCUGGAGGGGUUUGAACAGGAACCCUACGACAAGACGGUAUCGUACGCCCAGUUUCUCUACCCGACCAAUGCUCUGGUCCGCCAGAAGACUGCCUCGGUGGACAUCACCCUGCAGGUGCCCCUCACCCUGCAGGUGCCCCUCACCCAGGUGACCCGGAACAGCAUCCCCCGAAACUAUACCCCGACUAGGCUGAACUCCAACGUGGGACUGGAUUUAGGUGUAGAUGACUUUGGAGACUAUGACCCCAACCUUCUGAGUGACCCCCAGUGGCCCUGUGGGAAACACAAGAGAGUGCUGAUCUUCGCCUCAUACAUGACGACAGUGAUAGAGUACGUGAAGCCGUCUGAUCUGAAGAAGGACAUGAACGAGACAUUUAAAGAGAAGUUUCCUCAAGUCAAGCUGACACUCAGCAAGAUCAGGAGUCUGAAAAGGGAGAUACGUACGGUGGGUGACGACUGCGGACUGCAGCCGGUCACCGUGGCGAUGGCGUUUGUUUACUUUGAGAAGCUGGUCCUCCAGGGACGACUCAACAAACGCAACAGGAAGUUGGUGUCUGCUGCCUGCGUGCUCCUCGCUGCUAAGAUCAGCAGCGACCUCAAGAAGCAGGACGUCACGCAGCUCAUAGAUAAACUGGAGGAGCGUUUCCGUAUCAGUCGGCGAGAGUUGAUCCCGUUUGAGUUCACCAUCCUUGUUGCCCUGGAGAUGGCUCUGUACCUGCCUGAGAGCACCAUCAUGCCACACUACCGACGCCUGGUGCAGCAGAACUAGGACCACGACCCCUGCACGCCCACUGGGACAGGAGCCCCACCUACUAGGACUAAAGAUUGGACAUCAAUCAAUCAAUCAAAUUUAUUUAAUUUAUUUACAUCAGCCGAUGUCACAAAGUGCUGUACAGAAACUCAGCCUAAAACCCCAAACAGCAAGCAAUGCAGGUGUAGAAGCACGGGGGUGAAGGAGAGACAAAUUAAGGAGUUUAAAGGGAGCAGAGAUGGAAAGAAAGAAGAUGAGAGAGAAAUUAAGAGAGAUGAUGUAGGUAAAGGAUUAGUUAUGUCCCGUGACACCCAUGAAACCCUUAGCACUGACCACACUCUCAUAAUCAGUAACAAUACUGGUAUUGACCCUCCCGAGAAGCAGAAACGACACCUAUGAUGUCAUCAAACCACAGCACAUCUGUUUCUACACGUUCUAAACCUGAACCUGUCCAUGCUGCCAUAUUCCCCUAGGGGGCGGUCAAGUUCAGCAGUAGCAGUGGGAUCAAGUGUGAGGUGACUUUACCACAGGGAUACCAGUUAGCAACAUGAGUCGUGACUUUACCACAGGGAUACCAGUUACUAGUUAUUAACAUGAGUUGUGACUUUACCACAGGAAUACCAGUUACUAGUUAGCAACAUGAGUUGUGACUUUACCACAGGGAUACCAGUUACUAGUUAGCAACAUGAGUCGUGACUUUACCACAGGGAUACCAGUUACUAGUUAGCAACAUGAGUCGUGACUUUACCACAAGGAUACCAGUUACUAGUUAGCAACAUGAGUUGUGACUUUACCACAGGGAUACCAGAUACUAGUUAGCAACAUGAGUCGUGACUUUACCACAGGGAUACCAGUUACUAGUUAUUAACAUGAGUUGACUU